AUGAAGAGCCCAGGUUGUAUCAAGGACGUCCAAAGGUUGGCAGGGCGGCUGACCUCAUUAUCCCGGUUUCUCGGAGCAUCGGCAACAAAGGCCCUACCGUUCUUUAACCUCAUGAAGAAAGGGAUAGCGUUCGAGUGGACACCCGCAUGUGAGGAAGCCUGUCGGCACUUCAAGGAAAUCCUGGCGGCACCACCUGUGCUCGGGAAGCCAAAGGACGGGGAGCCAUUAUACCUGUACCUCGCCAUAACAGGAGAAGCCCUGGCCGUAGUUCUGGUGCGAGAAGAAGGGUGGGCUCAACAACCAGUCUAUUUCGUAAGCAGAGCCCUGCAAAGGGCAGAAUUAAGGUACAGCAAACUGGAAAAGCUAGCUCUAGCACUCUUGACCUCCUCACGGAGGUUAAAGCAAUACUUCCAAGGUCACCAGGUUGUCGUAAGAACGGACCAGGGAAUCCGGCAAGUACUUCAAAAACCCGACUUGGCGGGAAGGAUGAUGACUUGGUCUAUUGAACUUUUCCAAUACGACAUACGAUACGAACCCCGGCAAGCCAUCAAGGCGCAGGCGAUGGCAGAUUUUCUAGUAGAAGUAACGGGGGAUCCAACCGAAGAAACGAGCACACGGUGGAAGCUCCACGUGGACGGAGCCUCAAACCAGACGUCUGGGGGCACCGGGAUCAUCCUGGAAAGCCCGGUUGGAGUCGUAUACGAGCAGUCGAUCAGGUUCGAAUUCCCCAUUUCGAACAACCAGGCAGAAUACGAAGCCCUUAUAGGGGGCUUAACCCUAGCAGCGGAAGUCGGAGCAACAAGACUGGAAAUAUGCAGCGAUUCCCAGGUCGUCACCUCCCAGGUAAACGGGAGCUAUCAAGCCAAAGACUCGUUAUUACAAAAGUACUUGAAAAAAGUAAAGAACUUAAGCAAAAAAUUUGAGGAGGUCACGGUCCACCACGUGCCCAGAGAAAGGAACACACGGGCAGACCUCCUAUCAAAAUUGGCCAGCACUAAACCGGGAGAAGGCAACCGGUCUCUCAUCCAAGGUAUGACGAGGGAACCGGCGGUCACCUUGCAUUUGUCAAGGCUGGGCUCUUCAUGGCUAGACCCCAUCACCAGCUUCCUAGAAAAUGGCAAACUCCCUGACGACGAAAAGGACGUCGUGAAACUGAGAAGGGAAGCAGCCAAAUACGCAGUCAUUCAAGGACAGCUAUUCAAGAAAGGGUCCAACCAGCCCCUACUGAAGUGCUUACACCCCGACCAAACGGACUACGUCCUCAGGGAAGUCCAUGAAGGCUGCUGCGGACACCACAUAGGAGGCAAAGCCCUAGCAAGAAAAUUAAUUCGAGCCGGAUACUAUUGGCCGUCAAUGAUGGCAGACUCCAAGGAGUUCGUCAAAAAAUGUGUGAAGUGUCAAGAGAACGCCAAUUUCCACAGGGCACCGGCCUCCGAGUUAAGCCUGUUAACGUUCUCUCGGCCAUUCUCGCAGUGGGGAGUCGACCUCUUGGGACCCUUCCCAGUCGGUCCUGGGCAAGUCAAGUAUCUCAUAGCCACCAUUGAUUACUACACCAAAUGGAUAGAAGCCGAGCCGCUGGCCAGCAUAUCCUCAUCCAAUUGCAAGAAAUUCAUGUGGAGGCAGGUGAUAACGCGAUUCGGGAUUCCAGAAGUCAUCAUAUCGGACAACGGCACGCAGUUCACCGACAAGAAGUUCACGGAAUUCCUCACCGGUCUGGGUAUAAGACAGAAGUUCUCCUCGGUAGAGCACCCCCAGACAAACGGACAGGUGGAGUCCGCAAACAAGAUUAUCCUGUUAGGGCUGAAGAAGCGAUUGGAUAAUAAAAAAGGUGCUUGGGCCGAUGAACUAGCCUCGGUCCUCUGGUCUUACCGAACAACCGAACAGUCCUCCACUAAGGAGACUCCUUUCCGACUGACAUACGGGUUAGAUGCGGUAAUACCCGUGGAGAUCGGAGAACCGAGCCCCCGGCUACUUUUGAAAGGAGUGGAGGAAGCCGUGGAAAAGGACCUAAUAGAUGAAGCCAGAGAAAUGGUCCAUUUGACGGAGACAGCGAUAAAACAAAGAAUGGCCCUACGCUACAACACCAAAGUGCUCAAAAGGGAAUUCGAGCCGAACGAUCUCGUCCUAAGGCGAAACGACAUCGGCCCACCGACCCCUGGAGCAGGCAAGCUGGCGGCAAACUGGGAAGGUCCCUAUAAAAUAAAAAAAGUGAUGGGUAAAGGCGCUUUCAAGUUAGAAAGGCUCGAUGACAACCCGUUCCAUCACAACUCGACAACGAUGCGCGGCCCCGGGACUGAUCACCCCGGGAGCCCAUCAACUGCCGCAAUAGCAAAUGACUACACUAAAAGGCCACGACCUGUUAAUAUAAACGACAGCUAUAAACCAAUAACGGUUAAUAGAAACGAUAACACAACCAGGCGAAUAAGAAAGUAUUAA